AUGGAUAAGCAUCUUGCAUUUAAAUCAAUGUUGCAGGGUAAUCUUUCAUUAUUUAUUAACCGAAUUUUAAAAUAUCAUAAAUCCAAGUCAUUGCUAGAUUUUAAAUCAUAUAAUGAAUUAGCAUUUAAGACAGCAAUAGAAUUAUUACUUCCAAUUAAACAUCGUAUAUCUGAAAUGUGUCUAAUGAUUGAUGGUCAUUCUGGUUUCAUUGAUAUUUUUAUUAAUGGAAUCAUUAAAGAUAAAAUGCAAUCAAGUGUAAUAUUAGAAUUAAAAUGUAUUUCUUUAUUAGGUCUUUUAAGUGGUGAAAAAGGAGAAUGGGUUGAAAAUAUGAAUUUUCAAACAUUAAAAAAAUUAGAUGAAGAAAUUGAAAAUGAAACUGAAGAUAAAUUACUUGAAAGGAAAUACUUUUAUUAUUCUAAAGAUGAUAAAAUUUAUAAACAAGUAACAGUAAAAGAAAUAAUUGACAAUGGAAUUGAACAACUUAAAAGAUAUAUAAAAACGAUGCAAAAAGGAAAG